AUGUCGAACCGCUACUCGGUCUUCUCGACACAGUCCGCCGGCCUCUCAGCUGGGCCCCGGCCGACUUCUCAACAUACCAGCCAGGUGUCAACGACCACACUGUUGAAUGCCCUCCACUCAUUCUACACAGCCGGUCAGCCCUACCAGCUGGAUUCGGGCACCAGCUUGGCCGUUAAUACAUGGGUGACCGCUGCCACCACUUUGCCCGAUGGCCGCAAUGGUGCCACCGUUGAUCGUGACCUGGCCGUCCGGGCCUGGGAACAUGCUCGGCGGCGAGCGGAGGAUGGCUGCAUCGUGCUCUGCUCUCUUCACCAGUCAACCCCGUCGCUGCUGGAACCCUUCAUGACAGCGCUGCCUGUCUCCACCCCGGAGAUAGUCUAUACAUCUCUCGCAGCCCUACGUCCAUUCCUAUCAGCUGUGACUUCCUUCAACCCAUCCUAUUCUUUACACUCGGCUUUCUCAGCCUCCUAUACCCUGACCCUGCAGGGUACAGUGGUGGGCCUGUCUCUGGCCCUAUCCACAUCUGGCAUCAACGUUCGCAAGGGUCUCCUGGAGAUCCCAAGUGAGGCGGGAUUCCGGGCUUUCGAUGUGUUUUACUACCUCAUGACCUCCUCUUCCACGGCCGCAGAGCGCGAAUUCUUGGAUCUCCAAGACCCGCCCGUGUAUGCUUUGCUCAACCGAUCCGGCACCUACGCACCUCCAUCCUAUCUCCCCACCGCUGACGAUGCAGCUUCUGCCGAGGAUCUGCGUAUGAACCUGAAGGCGAUUGGCAUCAAGGGUGCAGCCCAGCGAGGUUUGCUCUGCGUCCUCGCGGCCUUGCUGAAGCUUGGUAAUGCUACUGGGCUGAUGGUAGACCAAGAGGAGCUAGAAGAAGUCUGCGAAGAUGUCGGUGGCCUUCUUGGGCUUGAUCCCGAGAUUUUGUUGCACAAGUGCUCCACCGAUGAGCGGGAGGUCUUAAUCGGUGGAAUAUACGAAGCGCUCGUGGACUGGGUCAUUGGGAAGGCUAAUGAGGCCAUUGCGGCAGACAUUCAAAAUGCCCUAGAGAACGACUCUAGCAAUGGCGGUCCCGGCGCAGCCUUCUAUGCCAACGAGGACACCGUUGCCCUGACGGUCAUUGACAUUCCGCGCCCGGCGUUGGGCAAAGCCAUUGCGCUGCGGGGUGUCUUUGAUGAUGAGCUGGGUCUCAAUGCUGAAAUGAAAGAGGAUGGUAUUUCCCUUCCAGCCAUUGGUCAGUCUGUUGUCAGUGAAAUGGCCGCCGCGGUAGCCCAGGUCGAGCCUGAUCUUGGAAUCAUGGGCGGUGCUGCUGGACGGGAACGUGAACAUGAUCUCGACAAGCGCCAGGGAGUAUUGGAGAAGGUCGGAGUGGAAGUCGAGGCAGACUCCUUCCUGCGCCAGCUGCUGUUCCCGGUGGGCAGCGAGGGCAUAUCCCUUGGCAAACGGGGACGUUUUGAUCUUGCCACAACCCUUGGGAGUAGCCGUGUCUGGUACCAUCUUUCCAUUCAUCCCACCGAUGAUCUGCCGGAGCAGCUCAAUGGCUCUAAUGCGUCCUGGUCGGCGGGUGCAGUCUCCCGCCAACUGAGAGAUUGGCGACUGCCUGAAUGGGCCAACCGCCGCCUCAAGCAGCUCGAUUUCACUGCCGACUUCGACGUCGAAGAGUUCGUGGGUCGGUAUGCCCGACUUGGCUGCGCCGAAGGCCAAGACGGCGUGGAAAAUUGGAUCCUCGAGAGAGGCUGGAGCAACGGGGACGCCGUUGUCGGUCAACAGCGGGUCUGGUUGAGAGAGGGUGCGUGGUGGGAGGCCGAGUCCAUGCUCGAUCUCAAGCCUGAUGAGACCCUUAUGAAUCCCUUCGGCUAUGGUGCUACCAUGUACGAGCCUGGCUUUACUCCUGAUGGUAACCCCAUUGGCGAACACUCCAACCUACUGGGAAGCGAUAUGAUGAUGCAGAACCAGAGCGUUAUGGCUCCUAGUGUCAUUGUGGGAGGUGCCAAGUCCAUUGCCCCCACUGGGAUUACUCACACGGGCGGUGGUGACUACGGUCUCGGUCACAAAGGUGACGAUAACAAGGGCGAUAUUGCCUACUACGAUGACUACGGCCGGUACAUUGGCGACCUCGACGCCGAAUUUGGCGACCCCAAGCAUAUUGAGAAGAAGACUAUCUCCUUUGGUCGUCGUGUUUGGGCUGGCAUCGUCUGGGCUCUUACCUUCUGGAUUCCGUCCUUUGUGCUUCGGUACGUUGGUCGCAUGAAGCGCCCAGAUGUUCGAAUGGCCUGGCGAGAGAAGAUCGUCCUGGUUCUUAUCAUUUUGCUCUUCAACGGAAUUGUUUGCUUCUAUAUUAUCGCUUUUGGUGACCUUCUCUGUCCCAACAAAGACAAGGUAUGGAAUACGAAGGAAGUUAGCUGGCACGCCACAGACAACAACUUCUACGUCAGUAUUCAUGGCCGUGUCUACGAUAUCUCCAAGUUCUGGAGAUUACAGCACAGUGACACCACCACUGAAACUACCUCGUCUGUUAUGAAGCCCUUUGCGGGUCUGAAUUUGGACCCGUAUUUCCCUCCGCCUCUUACCCAGUACUGCGGUGCCUUUGUCACCGAUCAGUCCAUUGCCUUGCAGAACAACGAUACGAGCGCAGUCGAAUAUCCAACCGCCAAACACAACUGUGGUCCUCGUAACUAUCCGUCGACCACCACGAAGCUUCACGAAAUCACCUGGUAUGCAGAUGUCUUCCUGCCCAAGAUUGCCGAUUACUACAAGGGUGAGCUUGUUUGGACGAAGAAUACGAUUCAAAAACAAGCCAACGAUGAUUCGCGCUAUUGGGUAAUUUUGAACCAAAAGAUCUACGAUCUCACGGACUACUUCUACACCGCCGACCUCAUGAAUAACCUCGACACCUACGCUUUCUUGCCGGACUCUGUGACCACAUUGUUCAAGAAUUAUCCGGGUACAGAUGUGACAGACAAAUGGCAGGAUACUACAGAAUUCAGGAACGCCGAGCGAUGUCUCGACUAUGUCUUUUACAAAGGCAAAGUUGAUUUCCGAGACAGUCCCAAAUGCACUGUGAACAAUUGGAUCCUUCUAGCUUUCACUAUUCUCAUCUGUGCUGUGAUUCUUAUCAAGUUCUUGGCAGCGCUGCAGCUGGGAUCCAAACGUCGACCAGCACCUCAAGACAAGUUUGUCAUCUGCUUGGUUCCUGCCUACACUGAAGGUGAAGACUCCUUGCGGAAGGGCCUGGACUCAUUGACUGCUCUGCAAUACGACAACAAGCGAAAGCUGAUCUUCGUCGUUUGUGAUGGUAUGAUCGUUGGUGGUGGCAAUGACCGCCCCACUCCCAAGAUCGUGUUGGACAUUCUCGGAGUCGACCCCAAGAUGGAUCCUCCGGCUCUGCCAUUCAGGUCCGUUGGCCAGGGCAGUGAGCAAUUGAACUACGCUAAGGUGUACUCUGGUCUGUAUGAGUACGAGGGCAAUGUUGUUCCAUACAUCGUGGUGGUCAAGGUCGGCAAGGAGUCUGAGCAACGCAAGUCCAAGCCUGGUAACCGCGGCAAGCGAGAUUCGCAAGUCCUCCUCAUGCACUUCUUGAACCGUGUUCACCAUCGUGCCCCAAUGUCGCCUAUGGAGCUGGAGAUCUUCCACCAAAUCAACAAUAUCAUUGGUGUGGACCCCGAGCUGUACGAGUACUGCUUCAUGGUCGAUGCAGAUACCAGUGUCAAGGAAGAUUCGCUGAAUCGCUUGGUUGCUGCUUGUGCGGCUGAUGCCAAGAUUGCUGGUAUUUGUGGUGAGACUAGUCUUCAAAACGAAGAGCGUAGUUGGUGGACCAUGAUUCAGGUCUACGAGUAUUAUAUCUCCCAUCACCUGGCCAAAGCGUUUGAGUCGUUGUUUGGCAGUGUUACCUGUCUUCCUGGAUGUUUCUGCAUGUACCGUCUAAGAACAGCGGACAAGGGUCGCCCUCUUGUCAUAUCCGACAAGAUCAUCCAAGAGUACGCCGAUAUCGAUGUCGAUACACUGCACAAGAAGAACCUGCUGUCUCUUGGUGAGGAUCGUUUCUUAACAACCCUCAUGACCAAGCACUUCCCAACUAUGCGCUACAAGUUCAUCCCCGAUGCGUACGCCAGUACUGCUGCCCCUGAGACUUGGAGUGUGCUUAUCUCGCAACGUCGUCGCUGGAUUAACUCCACUAUCCACAACCUGGUCGAACUGGCAGCACUCAAGGACCUGUGCGGCUUCUGCUGCUUCAGUAUGCGCUUCGUCGUGCUUGUGGAUCUGCUGGGAACCAUCAUCCUCCCUGCGACUUGUGUCUACUUGGGAUACCUGAUCUACCGUAUCGCCACUAACAGUGGUCCAUUCCCCAUGAUUUCAAUCGUGAUGUUGGCUGGUGUCUACGGUCUCCAGGCAAUCAUCUUCAUCGUCAAGCGGCAAUGGCAGCACAUUGGAUGGAUGCUUAUCUAUCUUAUGGCUUUCCCCAUCUAUUCCUUCAUCUUGCCCCUGUACUCGUUCUGGAAGCAGGAUGACUUCACCUGGGGUAACACGCGUGUGGUCCUCGGUGAGAAGGGCGACAAGCGUGUUAUUGCCGUGGAAGAUGAGGGCUUCGAUCCCCGCAGCAUUCCUCUGCAACGCUGGGACGAUUACGCUCUGGCCAACAACCUCCCGGGCCGUCGUGGUGAAUUGGGGGCCAACCAGGAGAAGGUCCACUACACCGGUCGCUACAUGGAUGAGCAGGCCAUGGAGAUGGACGACAUGCAUUCGCAGUAUUCCUCGGUCAAGCCGGCGUCCACCAUUCUGACUGGCUUUCCCGGUCAGGGUCGCCACGCUGGCCCGUACAUGCCUCCGCAAUCGCCGGCUCCCUUCGUUGGCGGCAACGUAGCCGGCAACCGCAGCUCGCAAAUGACCAGCUUCUCCCGCUACACGGACUACCCCCAGAUGGGCGGACACCCUGCGGCUGCGUCUCGACACAUGUCUGUUGGCAACCUCAGCGCUUACCAGGACAACGCGGUCAACUCCAGCCGCCACAGCAUUGGCCUGAUGCAAAGCACCGAGAACCUUCUUGCCGCCUCCCGCUCGCGCAGCCCGCUGGGCCAGUUCCCCUCGCGACCUGCCAGCACCGCCUUUGAUUUCCGCGCUGGCAGCGGUCCCGACGAGCAGUCUAUCACCGAGGCGAUCCGCCACUGUCUGUCCGAGGUGGAUCUCGACACAGUUACCAAGAAGCAGGUCCGUGUUCUCGUUGAACAACGCCUCCAAACCUCCCUCGCCGGCGACAAGCGAGCUUUUGUGGACCGUCAGAUCGACCAUGAGCUGGCCCACAUGUGA